GUUAUAACGACGUGCGCAAAGACUAUUCUGGAGGCCUUCGCGGAUGCAUACAAAGCUGAACGGGCAUGUGCGACGAGCCCUUAAAUCCAGAGAAUUCCCCAUCGCAAGAGCGCACUUGAGCCCGCAGGCACAGUUAUCGCAUUAAUAACAGGGCACCGUCAACCUACCUAGGUACCGCUGCGCAUGCGUCGCUGCACACACUCAAUUCCUCAACGCAAAAAUGGUCUCAAAGGCGAUGCUACACUCCCUUCUACAAAAACAGCUAUCCUAUUCUCCCGAGCCAGGACCGCUGCAUACAUUCCGCGAUGCGACCUGGCGACCCUCAAGCACCCCUGUGCUGCCUGAUCCAAUCGCACCUGCCGUGGCCCCUCUCAACUCGCUCCACCUCCUCACCUGGAAUAUCGACUUCAUGGCAUCGCGUCCCCGCGAGCGAAUGGCGUCGGCUCUGAGGUACCUAGAGCAACUGGUCGCCGACAUACCCUCGUCGUCUGCGGUGGUGAUCUUCUUGCAGGAGAUAAUGGAGUCUGAGAACGUCGGGGAGCAAGACGCCAACGACCUCAGCCAAAUAGCAAACGCGCCGUGGAUCCAACAGAAGUUCAACGUUACGGAUAUCGGCUCUGGCGAAUGGGACUCGCCGUACGGCCAGGUCGCGCUGGUUGAUCGCCGUUUGGCCGUUGCUCGUGUGUCGCGCUUGCGUUUCGUGAGCGAGUAUCAGCGCGUUGCGCUUUUUGUGGACGUCUGUCUUUGUUCUUCUUCUUCUGGAGACGCGAAGUAUCUGCGACUUUGCAAUGUCCAUCUCGACUCUAGCUAUGGCACCAUGCGUCCGGUGCAGUGGAAAGCGCUGGCCAAGCACCUGCAGAGCGGUGCAGAAGGCGUUGCAGCAAGCAUUCUUGCCGGCGAUUGCAAUGCGAAUCAGCCGCGGGAUAGGACGGAGCCACAAGAUAAUGGCUUCAAAGAUGCGUACCUUGAGUUGGGGAGGGGGGAAGGAGAUGAAGAGGGGGCGACUUGGGGCUUCCAGAGCCUCAGUUGGGAGAGAUGGGGUCGGCAACGCCUUGAUAAGGAAGUUUUCUGGGGGGACGUGCGAGUGAGGAAGCUGGAUAGGAUGGGCGUCGGUGUUCAAGUCGAGGACGAAGCGGCUAGAUCAGAGAUAAAGAGCCUGGGAGAACUCCCGUUUGUAACGGACCACUAUGGGUUGAUGGGCGACUUUGAAGUUCAAGACGGAUUGAGGACGGUCACGAGCGACUGAGCGGAAAGAACACACGAUCGCCGAAAAUGCAGGCAGCGCGCAAUGCUCAGAUCGGCUCCUUCAUUCAUGCCGCCACGUCCUGCUCGAAGAACGGAUAGUCCACGUAGCCCUUGGAUGGCGGAUCGGCCCCGUAAAAGGUCGAUCGAUCGUACUGGU